AUAGAACCCAGACCUAUAUGUAUGAGCAAUUGUGGAAAAUAUGUGCCGGACCUUUGUGUGAUCUUCCAAAACCUGGAGAAACGAUUUAUUAUUUUCCUCAAGGGCACAUUGAGCUCGUGAGUCUCUCUCUCUCACUAUAUAUAUUUUCUCCCUUUUGCUUUCCUGUCUUGUUUUUGAAACAUUUUUGUGGCAAUUUUCAGAUUGAAGCAUCUACAAAAGAUGAGUUGGAUCAGAUAAGGCCACAUUUUGAUCUUCCAUCUAAGCUUCGAUGUUGUGUUGAUGAUAUUCAACUUAAGAUAGACCAAAAUACGGAUGACGUCUACGCAGAGAUUUAUUUAAUGCCAGAUACAACAGACGUUAUAACUCCUAUUACUACUAUGGAUAAUCAAAGACCAAUGGUUUAUUCUUUUAGUAAAAUUUUAACUUCGUCUGACGCCAACACACAUGGUGGAUUAUCUAUUCUUAAAAGACAUGCCACUGAAUGUCUUCCUCCGCUGGAUAUGUCCCAACGAACGCCUAUGCAGCAUCUUGUUGCGAAAGAUCUCCAUGGUCGAGAAUGGACAUUCAAGCAUUCUUUUAGAGGUACACCGCGGAGACAUCUUUUUACCAGUGGCUGGAGCUUAUUUGCAACAACAAAAAGAUUGAUUGUUGGGGAUGCUUUUGUAUUCCUUAGAGGAGAGAAUGGGGAGCUAGGAGUUGGUAUUAGGCGAGCAAGGCAUCAACUAGGCCACAAACCUUCAUUAGUAAUAUCAACACAGUGUAUGAAAGAUGGAGUAAUUGCUUCAGUAGUAAAUGCUUUUAAAAGCAAAUGCAAGUUCAUUGUGGUUUAUAAGCCAAGGAUGCGGUUUGAGGGUCAAGAUUUUUCUGAAAAAAGAUACUCUGGGACGAUUAUUGGUGUAAAUGACAUGUCUCCUCAUUGGAAAGAUUCGGAAUGGCGAAGCCUACAAGUGCAAUGGGACGAGCUUUCACCAUUUCCAAGACCUGAUAAGGUUUCACCAUGGGAAAUUGAACAUUUAAUCCCUUCGUCAAGUAUUUCCCAGCCAACUGUACUCCAGAAAAAACGUGCACGUCAAUGUAAUGAAAUCGGUUCAACAUCAUCGAAUCUUUUGACAGGCCAAGAAAUUGGACAAUCGAGCUUGAGUUCUCCGAAGAGUGUUCCUGAGUUUAGUUGUCGCGAUGCAGUUGAAGAUUCCAAGUUUCCUUCUGAUUGGCUAAUGAGUGACUUAGUCCCAGCCAUACCUAAACCAAACAAUAACAACAACCAAUUGGUUCAACAAACGAAAGAAAAGAUAACAACUGAAGCAACCACUAGUUGCAUAUUGUUUGGAGUUGAUCUUACCAAAGUUCAGAUGCAAGGUGUAGUCAUUGGCAGAGCUGUGGAUUUAACUGUUUUUCAUGGAUACAAUCAGUUGAUACAAAAACUAGAAGAACUCUUUGAUCUCAAAGACGAGUUACGAAGCCGCAAUCAAUGGGAAAUAGUUUUUAUAAACAAUGAAGGAAAUGUGAUGCCUCUCGGGGAUGAUCCAUGGCCUGAAUUCUGCAAUAUGGCGAAAAAAAUAUUUAUAGGCUCAAAAGAAGAGAUAGAAAAGAUGAAGUCCCGGAACAAAGUUUCUCAAGCUAAAUCAACAGUUUUAACAUCUUCUUCUGACGUACCACCAAACGUCAAAGCAUAAGGAUAAGAGAGUCCCAG